AUGUCGUACCAUGCGCUAACGGCCGCUAUUGAUCCUAUCGAGCCCGACGACCGCGAAGGACUUUUUGAUGCCAGCAUCCGAUCCCUUAGGAGUCUACUGGAUCCCAACAAUGUCGGGUGGGAUAUUUUGGCCGGAAUGGUGGCUGAUCGCAAGUCCAAGUGGGAAGAAUGGUACAACGGGUUCGUGGCACGCGAAGUCUUUCUCCAGAAGGAAGAGCAGUGGAAGGGGAACGGACAAGUCAGUUCUCGGUAUCUCCUUCAGACGGUUGCCGAGCUUUGCAAUGCUCUUGAAGCACUGAAUCGUUGGGCUGGUGCACUGGCCAAAGCAUCUGCGUCCCUGCAGUCCCUGGAUCUGGGGGGUGAGGUGGUGAUAAAGGAUGCUCACCCUAGAACUACCAAAACCACCACUACCUUGGAGGGCGCCCGAGAGGAGGCGGUGGAGAGAAUUUUCACAGUUGCAUGCCGACUUGCGGAUUGUCAACGCUCCAAUAACUUCAUCAACCAAGGCCGGGCGAUGUCAGAGAAUGAACUAAGAGAACUCGAAAUACGCACGGAGGACGCCGUAGUGGAAGAGUUGAAGGGCAACAAGUGUCUUCAGUAUCUCAAGAAGAGUCCAGGCCACGACGAUGCCAAGGAUUGGGAAAGAUAUCUUCAGACACUCCGCCCGCAACCCGUCAGUGAAGCUGUGCAGGCCGCGAAGAAAGAAAAGUCAGCCCCCAAAGUCCGCCAACCACAUACCACAGAGUCUCAAGGGAGUACUGCCACUCGGGCACCGCUCCCAGGUUCGACCUCGGGAAUCCUUGGAGGCCAGGCGGCCUAG